AAAUAGCAAAAUCCCAACAAUACACUGAAAUAUAAUAUGAAACGGAAGAAGUAAAUUGCCAAAAAUUUGACUCAAUUUGAAUUAUCGUAUAGAAAAAGAGGGCGCGUGUUUGGCAUUAAAACACAUUAUUUUUUUCUUAGCCAUUUUCAACCCACUUUUGUUGACCAAAGUGGGCCCCAGCUCUGCAACGUUUAUGAAGAUUUCCCAGUGCCAACCAUGGUAAUUAAUGGACCCUUUUUUAAUGGACAGAAACGCCCUCCAACAGCCACGGAAAAUGACCAAAACAUCCCUCACAUCAUUGCACUUAUCCGCACUUUCAAUUGGCUUGUGGUUGUGAAGGUAGUAACGUCAUUUACUGCUGUACCAUCCAUAAGUCAACAACAACUUCAGGUUAAACGGUACAUGUAUGGGCUGACUUGGGUUGGUUCGACACGCUUGAAACUCUAGGAUCUGACCAUUGACUUGAGCAAUUACUCUAAAGUGGGGGGUAGGGGUGUUCACAAGGCUAGAAGACUUGACCAAUGACUUCAAGAUCAGAUAAUAUUGAUGCAGUUUUAGAAAGUUAUUGAAAGGGUGUUUUCUAAAACCCCAAAUAUGUUUCUGAAAGUGGAAAGUGCUCCUACUGGCCAAUUCUUAUGUCUUCUCUUGUGAAUUGUGAGCCUUAGGCCUUGUUAUAAAGACUCUACCCAUGUGAUGGAGAAGGCAGAUUUUCAUUCUUUCCUUUCUGGCUUCACGUUUUCCCUCUGGUUUUUCUUCUCUCUCUCGCAGCCAAUGAACUGCUUAUUGUUGGCUUUUACAAUUUUAUUACAAAUCAAUGGAUUUCAAGGUUGUAUUAAGGAGGAGAGAAGGGGUCUUCUGGAAAUUAAGACAUAUUUUCGAUUGAUGAAUGGUGAAGCAGACAAUUCGCUUCUUUCUUGGAUUCAUGGAAAAGAGAGUAACUGCUGCAACUGGGUGAGAGUCACCUGUGAUCGAACUACAGGCAGAGUGAUCGAGCUCGAUCUUAACAAUUUACGUAUUUUAAAACCUCUCGAUCUCCCUUAUUUUCUUAAUGUCUCCUUAUUUUCCCCUUUUAAAGAAUUAAGAAUUCUUGAUUUGUCCGGAAAUAAAUUGUGGAGUUCUGCUAGUACUGGAGGUUUUAUAAAAUUGGUCCAUUUGAAGAGAUUAGAGAAGUUAAACCUUGCUUUUAAUGAGUUGAACAACAGUAUCUUCAAGUCUCUUGGCGCACUCAAGCCGUUGAAGUUUUUGAACCUCAGUGACAAUAAUUUUGAAGGGCUUCUUCCUGUACAGGAUCUAUCGGCUUUGUGGAACUUGGAAAUAUUGGAUUUAAGUCAUAACUGGUUUGAGGUUAACCUCUCAUUGCAAGAUACAGCAAGUUUAUCCCAGUUGAUAAAGUUGGAGCACCUAGAUUUAAGCCAUAACAAUUUCGACAAGCACAUUCUGAAGUCAGUGAGCAACCUAAAGGCACUAAUAUUCUUAUCGUUACAAGAUAAUUAUAUGGAUGGUCCAAUUUCAAGUAACGAACUGGACAGCCUGAAUAAGAAUUUAGAAGUCCUAAUUUUAAGAAGAAAUUGUCUGACUGGUCCUCUACCCAUUCAAGAUCUUAUAUCUUUCAAGAACUUAAAGGUCCUAGAUUUGAGCAAGAACAAUUUCAAGGGGAGCGUACCUCAAAUUAUCGGGCUUAUGUCCUCCCUUUCGGCACUAUCAUUGGCAGAAAACAAUCUUACAGGUUUCUUGCCCAGUAAAGGUUUCUGUGAACUUAAAGGCCUUCAAGAAUUAGACCUCAGUCAAAACGCCUUUGAAGGACCGCUUCCUCAUUGUUUCACCAACUUGAGCUCUAUAAAAGUUUUAGAUCUUUCUAUGAAUCAAUUCAAAGGAGACAUUUCCUUCAUAAUAUCCAACUUCACAUCCCUGCAAUACAUGAGCCUAAAGGAUAAUGAAUUCGAGGGUAAAUUAUCACUUAGUUUAUUGGCCAAUCAUUCUGAGCUGGAGAUCAUUGAACUGGGGAAUAUGGGAAAAAUUGAUGUUGAAACCGAAAAUUCAAAUUGGACCCCAAAUUUUCAGUUGAAAGUUCUUCAAUUAUCCAAUUGUAACCUUAAUAAACUCAGAGGCAAUAUCCCCACGUUUCUUUCACACCAGUACAGGCUAAAAGUGGUCGAUCUCUCCCACAACAACCUGCGAGGAAAUUUUCCUAAUUGGUUGCUUCAGAAAAAUGCAGGAUUAGAAGUUUUGAACUUAAGAAACAACUCUCUUGUUGGCCAGUUAUCACUGCCUCCUCAUCAGAACAAUAGCAUUUGUUGGUAUGAUUUGUCAAACAACCACUUGACUGGACAGGUAGGGGAAGACAUGGGAAGAAAGCUUCCAAGCAUUGAAUAUCUUAAUCUAUCUAGAAACUAUUUCGAUGGUACCAUUCCAUCCUCAUUCUGCAACAUGUCGAACUUGGGACAAUUGGACUUGUCUUUCAACUUCUUCUAUGGGGAAAUACCAAAAGAACUCAUUGCAGGAUGCAUCGAUUUAUAUGCUCUCAAAGUAUCCAACAAUAAGUUCGAAGGGGAAAUAUUGGCUACUACCUUCAACUUGACAAAUAUAAAUUAUUUAAGCCUAGAGGACAACCACUUCUCUGGAACUGUGUCAAAUGUUAUUGCUAGGAGCUCUUUCAUGAGAAUGUUGGACAUUAGCAACAACAAUAUCUCAGGUGAAGUCAGUUGGAUAUCUAAUAUGACACAGUUAUCAACUGUCCUCAUGUACAAUAACUUCUUGAGAGGCCGGUUACCGUGUCAACUAGGGAAAACCUAUUUUUUAGACAUCUCACAUAACUCUCUUUCAGGACCUUUACCAUCUUGCUCGAACAAUCUGGGUUAUAUAGUUUUACAGGGAAACAAGUUCACCGGACCAAUACCAUAUGCUUUUCUAAAUUCAUCAUAUCUGCUAACAUUGGAUAUGAGGGAUAACCUUCUGUCUGGUACGAUCCCCAACUCAUUGCAAGCACUCUCCAACUUGAGGGUUCUUCUGUUGGGGUCGAAUCAGUUGAAUGGCUCCAUUCCCAACCACAUAUGUAAUUUGAACAAAGUCUCCCUGAUGGACCUCUCCCACAACAAAUUCUCAGGGAUUAUUCCUCGUUGCAUCAAUAACAUCUCUUUUGGGAAAUUUGGUAUGUACGAUCAAAUAUACAUCUUGACUAACUUCUACUUUGAAGUGGAAAAGUCUACAACCUGUACAUAUGGGAAUUUCUUGGUGAGGAUUCAUGACUAUGCUAAUGUAGCGGAAUACACAAAAUUAGUUGAAGUUGAAUUCGUUACAAAAGGAAGGCCCAGAUCCUACGUGGGAAACAUCAUCAACUACAUGUCAGGAUUGGAUUUGUCAUGCAACAAUCUAACAGGAGAAAUCCCACAUGAAAUUGGAGAUUUGGGUUCACUUCAUGCGGCAAACUUGUCUCAUAACCAUCUUAAGGGUUCCAUUCCUAAAAUUUUCUCUCAUCUUUCCCAGAUAGAGAGUUUAGACCUUUCCUACAACAGAUUGAGUGGAGAGAUUCCACCAGAAUUGCUGAAUCUCCACUUUCUGGAAGUGUUUAGUGUGGCUUAUAACAACUUGUCAGGUAAAACUCCUGAAAUAAAAGCACAAUUUGGGACUUUUGACAGGAGCAGUUAUGAGGGAAAUCUAUAUCUUUGUGGACUUCCACUAGAAAAUAAAUGCUCUUCCAUCGGGGAGUCACCAAAAUCAUCAUCCAGUUCAGAAGUAAAGGACACGAAAUGGCUCGGUAACUCUAGAUUCAGAUUCAGGCCUUGAAUCUUGGUUCGACUCUGCUAUUUCUUUGGGGGCUUCAUUUUCAGGAAAAAAAUCACGUGGAGAAUCCAAUGGAAAAUCAAUUGAAAAGGAAGAAAAACAGAUCCAAAUGGCAAAUGAAGAAGGAAGAAGGUAGCCAACAGAAUUUCCAGAAGUUGAAUGAAGAAGUGAUGCCGUUUUAUGCUAACGGGAACGACACCGUUUUGGGAAUUGAAUAAAUUGUAAAAUGUGCUAAAAAAAGGUUAUUGGUUUUGAAGUGUUAAACACGUUUUCUUUACACACAGAGAAUUAGAUAUCCAUAAUCUAUAUCUAUAAUAUAUUAAAUAUCAUAUGAGGGAAGAAUUAUUUUUGGACGAUUCUACCCCUACUAUUUACGUGCCUUAUUAUGAUUCAAUUAUUUAUUUAAAUGCAUGUAUAAGGGUGUCCAUAAUGUAAAAUGGAAGUGUAAGACCUGUCAAUGGAAAAUAUCGAAAUGUGAACGAUGAAAUCGAAUUGUCUUU